ACCCUGUCUCAAAAAAAAAAAAAAAAAAAAAGAGGUUAGCAGAGACUGAAAGGACUGGGAAAUGGGGAGUUGCUGUUUAAUGGGUACAAACUUUCUAUUUGGAAAGAUUAAGAGUUCUAGAUGUGGAUGUGGUGGCAGCUACACAACAUUGUGAAUGGACUUAAAGGCAGGGAAUUAAUACAUUGAAAAAGAAUACAUUUCAUGUUAUAUAUAUUUUAUCACAAUUUUAAAACAUAAAAAAAAAUUAAAAAAAAAAAAUCACAUUGGUUGCAGGGUAGAGAAGGAAUUGAAGUAGCUGUCGGAACUGGUUCUGAGAUUCUCACAGCAAUCCAGGAAUGAGGUGGUGGUGACUUGAACUAGGAUGAUUUCCUUCUCUGGCAGUCUUCAGAAUUGAUAUCCACACUUCUGUGAUUAUCUGCUUGCAUUUUGGACACAGCUUCUAACCAGGAUACUGGAAGAAAUGGCUGGUCAUCUUUCACCAGGUUUCUUCAUGGAGGAACUUAAUAAAUACCGUCAGAAGCAGGGAAUAACAUUGAGCUAUCAAGAACUGCCUAAUACAGGACCUCCACAUGAUAGGAGGUUUACAUUUCAAGUUGUAACAGAUAGAAGAAAAUUUCCAGAAGCUGAAGGUAGAUCAAAGAAGGAAGCAAAAAAUGCUGCAGCCAAAUUAGCUGUUGAUAUACUUAAUAAGGAAAGCGAGGCAGUUAGUCCUUUUUCAUUGACAACAACCAGUUCUUCGGAAGGAUUAUCCAUUGGGAAUUACAUAGGCGUUGUCAAUAGAAUUGCCCAGAAGAAAAGACUAACUGUAAAUUAUGAACAAUGUACAUCGGGGGUGCAUGGGCCAGAAGGAUUUCAUUAUAAAUGCAAAAUUGGAGACAAAGAAUAUGGUAUUGGUACAGGUUCUAGUAAACAGGAAGCAAAACAAUUGGCCGCUAAACUUGCAUUGCUUGAGAUAUCAGAAGAAACCUCAGUGAAACCUGACUCCAUGCCCUCUGGUUCUUCUGCUGCUACGUGUGACUCCCAAAGCAACCCUUUAGUGAACAACUCACUUGCUUCUGAAUCAUCAUCUGAAAGUGACGUCCCAGCAGAUACAUCAGAGAUAAAUUCUAACAGUAGCAGUUUACACAUUUCUUCAUUGUUUACGAAUGGUCUCAGAAAUAACCAAAGGAAGGCAAAAAGAUCUUUGGCACCUACAUUUGACCCUCCUGACAUGAAAGGAUCAAAGUAUACUGAGGAUGCAAGGUUUAGCACGGAUUUUAAAGAAAUAGAAUUCAUUAGCAUGGGUGGAUUUGGCCAAGUUUUCAAAGCAAAACACAGAAUUGACGGAAAGACUUACGUUAUUAAACGUGUUAAAUAUAAUAGCAAGAAGGCAGAGCGUGAAGUAAAAGCAUUGGCAAAACUUGAUCAUGUAAAUAUUGUUCACUACCAUGGCUGUUGGGAUGGACUUGAUUAUGAUCCUGAGAUCAGUGCUUAUGAUCCUGAGAGCUCUGAUUUGGAUCCUGAGAGCCAAAAAAAUAGUUUAAGGAAUUUUAUACCCAGAUCAAAGACUAAGUGCCUUUUCAUCCAAAUGGAAUUCUGUGAAGAAGGGACAUUGGAGAAAUGGCUUGAAGAUAGAAGAGGCAAGAAACUAGACAAAGUUUUGGCUUUGGAACUCUUUGAACAAAUAACAAAAGGGUUGGAUUAUAUACAUUCAAAAAAUAUAAUUCAUAGAGAUCUUAAGCCAAGUAAUAUAUUCUUAGUAGAUACAAACCAAAUAAAGAUUGGAGACUUUGGACUUGCAACAUCUCUGAAAAAUGAUGUAAAGCGAACAAGGAAUACGGGAACUUUGCGAUACAUGAGCCCAGAACAGAUUUCUUCACAAGACUAUGGAAAGGAAGUGGACCUCUACGCUUUGGGGCUAAUUCUUGCUGAACUUCUUUAUGUAUGUGACACUGCUUCCGAAACAUCAAAGCUUUUUCAAGACCUACGAGAUGGCAUCAUCUCAGAUGUGUUUGAUAAAAGAGAAAAAACUCUUCUAGAGAAAUUACUCUCAAAGAGACCUGAGGACCGACCUAACACAUCUGAAAUACUAAGCACCUUGACUAUGUGGAAGAAAAGCCCAGAGAAAAAACGACAUACAUGUUAGAGCCCUUCUGAAAAAGUAUCCUGCUUCUGAUAUGCAAUUUUCCUUAGAUUAUCUAAAAUCUGCUAGGGAAUAUCAAUAGAUAUUUACCUUUUAAUGUUUCCUUUAAUUUUUUUUACUAUUUUUACUAAUCUUUCUGCAGAAACAGAAAGGUUUUCUUCUUUUUGCUUCAAA